CGCCGCCGCCGCCGCCGCCGCCGCCGCCGCCGCCGCCGCUUACUACCGCCAGGCCGCCUCUGAACAGGAAGCCGUGCGCCGGCCGCGGAGGCCCGCCCCCAUGUAGCGACAAGCCCGCCGGCUCCAGGGACUGGAGCAAGGGGCGGGGGGGAGGGGGCAGGGGGGAGGAGGGAGGGCGGGGAAGCGGGGCGGGCGCCGCAGAAAAGCUGCGCUCCCGCAACCGAUCAGAUGCAGCUCCGCCAGGCAGCCGCAGCAUCCAUGUUGUUGACUGCCCAAAGCGGAAGUUGUUAGGCAGUACUGAAGGGGAGCCAAAGGGGAACUUCCGACAGCAACCUGUGCCUUUUCUCCCUGCUGUUGGGCGCGCGGACGCUGGGGGGCGCGUGGGAGUGGGGCGGGGCCGGCGCGCUGGCGGGAAAAGCGGAAGCGGGGGCCGGGCGCCCCCGGAAGUGGAUGUGAGGGCGGGGCCGGUGCGAACGUCAGCAGUUGCUGCGCCCUUGCCCUCUCCGCCCUCUGGGAUUUAAAAGCCUCCAAUUUGCGCUGAGGUGUCGAUCAACGCUCCCCAGGUGGGUGCAACACGAUCGGGAGGCCACCCCAUCCCAGAUGUUUGUGACUUGUGGUUCUGGACUCGCAAAUUGUUGCGGCUGCGUGCUUCUGACUUCUCAGAUCUUUGCCCCGCCCACAGUCUGCCCAUGCGCCUUUCGUGGGAUAGAAGACGUUUCCGUCAUUUUUUUUUUUAAACUGUGGGAAAAGAUUCGAGAAAAUCUGAUUAGGGGUAGGAGCAGGGCCACUGGCAGAAUAACCUCACUUUAACGGAGUUGAAUAUAUGCUGAGUUCUUUACCGACCCCCAAAUCCUGGCAGUUCUACCACGGAAACAGCCCUUAAAUCCUCUACCGCUGAUUCUCCCACUUGGUUCUUGUCCCUGCCCUUGAAGUAGCCGCCCUGCCUUCCAAGGACUUUCAGUUCAUCUUCUGUGCCCUACUGCCACUUUUUCUCCCCUCAUAAUUCACGUUUAAUAAUUUUGCUUCCUGCGUUAAAGCGGCGAUUCUCAACCUUGCCUGCACGUUGGAAUCUUGGGCGGUGGAGGGGUGGGUGGCUUUAAAAAAUAUUUAUGCCACCCCCACCCCCAAUACAUUCGACUUUAAUUGGUCUGGGCUUCAGGAUUUUUAAAAGCUUCCUAAGUGAUUUUAAUGUGCAACCGUUUAAAAGCGUCAAUUGCUGCGACCCUUUUCAAACAUCUAUUUGCAGAUUCUUAUCUGUAACUCUUAGGUGUAAGAGAUGCACAUGCUGUUCCCUAAGGUUAAAAUACUCUCAUUCUUGUCCACUUGUGUAAUUCUUAGUCGUUCUUGAAGACCAUUCACCUGUCUUUUGAGGGUGUAACUUUUGGAGUGUAAUUAAUCACUUGCUCCCUCUUUUGUGAUCCUAAAGCACAUUUACACAAACAAUACCAUCAUAGUACUCAGCAAAAGACAUUAGAUUACUUACACCCCCACCCCCACACACACAGGUACAGUUGCUGGAGGGCAGAUAACCUCCCUAAGAUUCAUCCCUAUGCUGCUACCUCAGGAAACAAACACAUUGUUUCUAAGUUAGUUAGAAUGUUACCUUUUUUUUUGCAGUUGUUUUGAUUUGUUUUACUGAAGGUUCUUUUUCCUCUUCUGAAAACUAUUGACUUCACUUAAAACGCCGUGGUGGUCACAUACACACAAGAUGUACAAGAUGGUCCUUAAGGUCUUUUCUAAUACUCACAUUCUGAUUCUGUGUGAUGUUGAUGGGAUUUUAACUCUGCCUUAUUGCAUUUAUUAAACACAG